GCUAGGGCUCAGGACGACCCAGGAGAAACGGCCCGUCCAACCCAACAUGUUUCUUUUUUUUUUUUGCAAACACCAACAGCAUGGCGUGAGAGGACCCAAUAGGAUGUGUACUAAAGUACCAAGGAGAGCCUCUUCGGAAGGGAUCCAAUUUCCAUUCUCAGAGAGGGGUCGAAGAUGGUUGGAUUGUUGUUUGAAAAAGAGCACGCGAGCGAGAAAAGCGAACCACUUUAGCCACUUAGUCACUUCGAUGGUGUCGGCCCUAUGGUAUUCCCAUUGCUACUAUUCUUUGCAUCCUGAAGAGAUGCGGCAAUGCCAUGUGUGAACAGGUGUUCAAUGGGCAUCAGCAUCGGGACUCAUGCUGCAUUGAAGCGAAGAGUUCACUCCAGGGGACCUCCAUGACCGGAUCGAUUGACAUCUACUCACGGUUUCAGCUGCUUUCUCAUUGCGUUCGCAUCCGGCCACUCGUGGCCGACUACUAGAAGUCGAGUGGCCAUUGAUUUCGAGAAGACGAGCGACUCGACGGGCGAAAGCUCUCGUGCCAUGUUGUUUGUUCUUCCUGUGGGGUCGUCGGAUCCUUCUCGAGACAUUCGAGGAGCCAAAACGAGUCAAACAAGAGGUUUUGAACGACUCUUGAAGCAAACGACUCUGAUAGGUGCCAUCACUCAAAACAUCACGAAAACUCAUAUCACCAUUCUUCCUUUCUUGGAUCCUCAGCCUCUUUGGCCGCUCUUCGUUUGCUUCGUUUGUGCCAGAAGUUCGAGUUCGUGCUUAAAGCCAUUGAACCAACCAACGACUCUUCGGGAGAAAGGUCUCUCUCAGCGUCGUGGGACCAGGAAGAGCAGCUGGCACGUGAGCUCAUGCAACGCCUAGAGAGGCUCCUGAAUAGCAACGUGGCUCGGGAGCGAAACCGGGCCAGGCGCUUCCCGUGGCUCUCGCAAGCUGCGUGGGCGGCGGCCAAAGUGCUGCCGCAACUCCCUGAAGAGUCGAGGAGCUUUCUCGCACAGGUGAGCCAAGCCAGCGCCGCAGCCCUCCGUGUUUCAAAGCCCUUCGAUGCCAGGGAUGCAGCGAACCUGCUAUGGUCCCUGGCCACAGCGAAGCUGGUGCCGCCUCCGCGUGUGUUAGAGGCCGCAGGGCGUUUGCCACGCGAAGACUUUGGUGCCCAGGACCUCGCCAACCUCAUCUGGGCCUUGGCACGCUUGGAGUGCACUGGGCCCUUCCUGGAGGAGCUUUGUGACAUGUGCCAGCAACGGAUCCACGCCUUGGAGCCCAAGGGCCUGGCAGCGGUGCUUUCAGCACUGGCAGCUUUGGCGCGCAGCGACCGCGGCGCCAUGGCGCCGCAGAGCGUGGCGUCGCUCCUGAGGGCGGCGGCGCGCAGACUGGAGCAGGACCUGGCUCAGGAGUCAUGGUCAUGGAGGCCUCCGGAGCUGGUUCAAGUCUUCUGGGCCUUCAGCAGCCUUCAGCUCGAUGAGGUUGACUACCAACAUCUGCCGCUGAAGCCGCAGCUGACAGGCGUGGACCUUCGUUCUGCUGUCGGACCUGGGAAGAUCUUCUCGAGGCGCUGGGGAGCUCUUGCCCCCAGAGACCUCUCCUUGCUUGCUUGGAGCUUUGCCAACUCCAACUCGGAGCUUUUGGCUUCGGAAGUCCCUUUGAUCGCACAAGUUGCCCUGCCCCAGCUGUCGGACUUCGACCAUCAAGGCAUCUCCAAUCUGGUCUGGGCGCUGGGUACUGUGAGCAUCGCCGACCGAGAGCUCUUUUCGCGCGUUGGGCAGCUGGUCACCACAGGCGACUACAGCGCACGGCAAGUGGCCAACAUCUGCUGGGCGUAUGCCACAGUGUCGUUGUUGCACACGGAAUUCAUCGAGAAGGCUAAGGCCUUGGCCACCAGGAGCUUCGAUGCCUUUCGCGCCGAUGAGCAAGUGAGUCUCCUGUGGUCCUUUGCCGUGCUCGGGGUCCAAUGGGACGAGCUCCAGGUUCCGGCUUUGCCUCGUCUUUCAGCGCGGGAAGCUGGAAACCUGUGCUGGUCCUUGGCCGUGCUGGGCCACCACCACCAGGAGGUUCUCACAGGCUGUGCUCAGAUGCUGGAGGCCUCUUUUGGAUCGAACUUGGAAGUGCACAUGACCCAGUGGCAUAUGGCAGCACUGGCUUUUAAGUUGGAGACAGGUCUUCCACUCCAGCUGGAAGGUCUCCAGCACUUUGCGGCCCGCGCUGCAGCAGUCGCCCAACACCGGGCGGUGCAACAGCAGGGCACUUCUUCGAAGCUUCAUGGCGAGGUCUCCAGGGAGGUACGCCGCCGAUGCAGAUCAGAGGUGAUGCAGGUGGGCAGAGCCGAACAGCUGCAGAGCCGGCGAGGUUUGGUCCUGGAAGUGGAUGGUCCACAUCAUUUUGCACGGAGAUUGCCUGAAGGUGAUCUCGUGCUGCAGGGCGGCUCCCAGUUGAAGCAGCGCUUGCUUCAGCGCUUGGGGUGGCAGGUGCUCCGCGUGGAUUGGGAGACAUGGCGCCGUGACCCGGAGGGCGCCGUGGAGCGCCUCCUGAGGAGGUCCAGCGGUGCCGAAAAGCAGCGCACGCAGGAGCGCACGCAGGUCUUGGGCAAAGGCAGCUUUGGCAAAGCUUACCUCGUGAAGAACACCGAGGCGACGGGACGGGAUGCGCCCGCCGGGGGAUUGCAGAAAACUCUGGUGUUGGACGCACAUGUGGUUGGUGGUUUACAAGGAGGUGAUGACCGUGAUGCCUUGCCAAAAGGAUGUGAUGCCAUCGCCAAAAGGGAUGACCACAAGUUAGACGAAUCAGAGGAUGUCUUCCUUUUCUGGAGAUCAGAGGAGGGCAGCUCCAAUCUCUACUUUUUGGACGCUCAGAAACAGGCAGAGAAUGAGCUUUGUGUUGUCAAGCAGAUGGAGACAUCUGCGAUGGAAGCCAAGGAGAGCCGGGAGAGGAAAAAGAUGGAUCAUCCCAACAUCAUUCGCUUCAAGGAGGCCGAGCCUUUGUGCCGAGCUGCGUCUGGCAGCACCUUUAGCAGCUACUUGUCCUCGACGGGCUUUCUGACUGCUGCCUCCUUCGGCCGAUCUGAAGCGCUGAAGGAUCGGCCGAUCAAAAAGGAUGGCCGAGAGGAGUGGCUACACAACUGGAGCCGCUCGAGUGCCUCAGCGCCCUUCGCCACCAACUUCCAUGUGGUUGAGGCUCCUCCCGAGUUGCAGUGGACGAGCGGUGGCCCCACCAAGGGCUCGACUCUGACAGCCCAGCGUGUGUUCAACAAGGGCGGCCUCGAGGAGUUGCAUUCCGAGACUCAAAGAGUACUCAGAAGUUUACCCUCAACUGAGGGUCUGCGAGCGGCCGGGGCACCUUCUGGGUGCACGGACCGUGACAUUGGGAGGAUGGCUGCGUUGAACUGCGGGCUCCGAAAGUUCUAG